AACGUAAUUACAGUAGUGUAAGCACAGACAAAGCUGCAAUCCAAAGCAAUUAGUGUUGACUGAACCAAGCACUUUAUGAAGUUCUGUGUUCCAUGUCCUAAAGUACCAACAUCGUUCAAAAUCAGUGGUUUCUCGAGUCCUCUUCACUCUACCUAAAUAUAACACAUAAGACUGUAGCACAGAAAGUUACUCUCAAUUUUACAAUGUUGUCGGCUCCAAAAAUACUGCCAAUGCUGCCACAAUUUGAUCUUCUUUGGUUCCACAUUGAUCCGAUGUUCCGAUGAGCAUCUAUACUAGGCGCACCUCAUAGCUCGUAUUAUCUCUGCCGUAAUGUGCCAACAUUUAAUGUCACCAUCGGUCUUAUGAUGCAAAUAUGUAUAAAAAUACAAUACAUAAAACAAUGAUUUUACAAUAUUUACCUUUAUCUAUUUUGUUAUAUUUACAAAAAUCUAUAGUCUAUCUUUAGUGUAUACAAAAAGUGAGAUGCAUACACAGAAAUAUGUAUAGCGUAUAGUGUACAGAUAAAAUCAACACAAGAUAAAUGACGUACAGUUUGUCAAUAACUUUAACACGAGAUGCUCCCUAUGUAAAUAACUCAUAAAAAGCAGUAAAGAAAGUUAAUAAAUUGAAAUAUUUACAAAAUGAAAGUAAUUUGCGCCGGGAAGAAUUGUAAAUACUCCUCGGAAACUGAAGACUCAACACAUGUUAUUUUUAUUAAUUUUCCUAAUGAUGAUAUGUCUAAAAUAUGGGCACACAAUUGUGGCAGAACGGAUCUUCUAGCAAAAUCUAAUGAAGAAUUACAUUUAAAUUAUUAUGUAUGUUCUCAUCAUAUCGCAGAUCACCAUUAUAUAAACAAAACUGACCCGAUUAUAAUAGACCAACAUGCUGUUCCUACAUUAUUUGGAUCAGACAAUAUGGCAAAAGGAAAUGUACAAAAUAUGUUUAUCAGAAAUAAACAGAUAGAAGCAGCAGACAAUGUGGAAUUAACAGAUUGUGAUAUAGAUGUUGAGAUGGAUCAGUAUCAAGAUAUUACUAUUAGAUUUUCAAAUUUAUGUAGAAUAUGCGGAGGAUCCUGUUUACAUGGUAUAGAAAUUUUCACUGAAAAAGGUUUAGAGUUAAAAAUAAAAGAAAAAAUGAAUUUGCACUUACCAAUCAAUCCUAAUAUGGAAGAUUUAAUGCCACAAAAGAUAUGUACCAAAUGUUAUGAUAAUUUGGAAACAGCGCAUUUAUUAGUUACAACAUCUUUAAAAACUGAUAUGAGAUUGAAAAAGUUUCUAAAUAUCAAAGAUGGAUUAAGUUAUGAUAAUAAAUACGAUGAAAUAAUAAAAAUGUGUUCUUCAGAAUUAAUAAGCGAGAUGUACAUGAAUAAAACAAUUCAUUCUAUGUCUAUAGAAUUAUCAUCUAGUGAUGGACAGGAAAUCAUAAUGAAUCAGGAUGUGCCCACAAAAUUGGAUUACCUAGAAGAUAUUGAGAGAAAAAAAGCUAGCUCUCCGAACAAUAUAAGAAAAGAAAUACAGUCUGAAUUAAAUAGACUUAUUGAAUCGUACAGUGACGAAAACAAAGAAGAUAGCUCUAUAAACGAAAUUGUAACGAACCAUAUAUCAAAUGGUAUUAAUGACAUUGCAUCUUUCCAUUGUAAAGAUUCCUUUAAAACCCGAGAAAUAUUUGAGAAUCACAAAAUAUUAUGCAACGAAGAUGAAAUAAUAAUAGAGAAACAGAAAGAAAUAACUAGUAGUAUAAGUAUCAAUGAACUUUCUAAUUGCAAAUCUUUUCAAGAGGAAAAUUACAAAAUCCCAGAUAAACUAUACACAACAGAAGAAGACUGCAAUACUAAAAAAAAUAUAGCGGAAACAAAUAAGAAAUGCGGUCACUGUCAAUCUAUUUACAGUACCAAAAAGGAACUAUUAAAUCACAUUGCAGAACGUCACGAAAGUCAACUAUUAUUCGCGUGUCUUAUCUGUGAUAAAAGUUAUGAGAAAUGGUCUAGUUUAGACGUUCACGAAGCUACGCAUCGAAUAGAUAAACCCUAUCUAUGUGAUUUAUGUGGAAAGAGCUUCAAACACUCUAAUAAUUUGAGGGGUCACAAAAGAACUCAUUUGGAUGACUCGAGAAAGAAACGGCACGUCUGUGAAAUUUGUGGGAAUGCGUUUAGGUCUAGAUUUCAUUUGGGAGAACACAUGAACCAGCACAACGGCAACAAACCCUACUGUUGCGAAAAAUGUGGCAAAGCUUUUUACAAGAGGAUACAGUUAAGACAACACAAAUUGUCUCAUGGCAUGAAUAAACAUGUUUGUCCGAUAUGUGGAACGUCUUUCAAUCGUAAAGGAAAUAUGAAUACUCACCUUAAAAGGCAUAGUAAUGGUGAUGGAAUAUACACCUGUAGUAUUUGUGCGUGUAAAUGUAAAUCGAUGAGCCAGUUAAAAUUGCAUCGCAAAAAACAUACGGAGGACAGUGUUAUGGUCAGUACUGCAAAAAAGUAUUCCGAUCGAACAGAGUGGCAAUGUAAGAUUUGUAACCAGUUGUUUACCAUACGAUCUGAUUUUUUAAAUCACGAACGCACGCAUAAAGGAGAAAGGAGCGUGGAGUGUGAUAUUUGUGGCAAACAAUUGGCUAGUAAAAAUUCUUUGAUUUAUCAUAAGAAAUCUGUGCAUUCCAAGGAAAGGCCUCACAUGUGUCAAUAUUGUGGGGAAGCGUUUGUUUCUAAAGAAGCACGUCUGAUACAUGAAAGGAUCCAUACUGGAGAACGACCUUACGUUUGCAAAAUAUGUAAAAUGGAAUACAAGUGUUCCAGUAAUCUCAAUCAGCAUAUGAAAAUUCAUUCGGAUGUUAAACCCCAUAGGUGUAUGUAUUGUGGCAAAAGUUUCACACGUAAGGGUGCAUUGGUUAUACAUGUAAGAAUACAUACCGGUGAAAAGCCAUUUCCUUGCGAAACAUGCGGCAGAGGAUUUUCACAAAAAAACGAUAUGCUGAAGCAUACGAAAACGCACUAUGCGAAGGUAUUACGAUGUGAGAAAUGCAACGAAGUUUUCGCGAGAAGAAAAGAUAUUUUAAAGCACCUAGUGAUGCAUAAACAAAGUGAUCUUAUAAUUUAAGAAUAUCCAAACGAGCUCAAGUAAAUGCGAUUUUAUAAAAUGAUUCAUUUAUUCUGCGAGAAAUUUCUACCUCGAUUGGUGCAUUAAAACAAAAUUAACCAAGAGCAAAGAAUUGUUUAGAGAAACCUGUUGCAUCGAUAUCAUGUGAAAAAACAGACGGUAAUACUAAUAGAUAUAAUCAAUUAAUAUAAUAAUUAAUCAAUCUUUAAUAAACAAUUAAUUAUGUUAUGCAGUAUUAUCAUCUGUAUACUUGUGUGAUAUCGAUGUAGUAGAUCCUUCUAAAUAAUCCUAUACCAUUGCUUAAUUUUUUCAUACCCUAUUUUUACCAGAAUUAAUAUUUUACGAACAUCUGCUCCGUGCAUAUAGAACAGGUUUAGUUUAGACGUCUACAGCUAUGUAGUGAUAGUGUUUCGUGGUCCAUAAACAGGCUAUUUUAAAAAAGACCAUAAAUACACGUAAUUAUGGCAGUCUAUGGUUAUGGAAUCGAUGGAUAGUAUUACCACGAUCUAUAAUGCCUCAAUUAUCAUAUUUUAGACGAAAUGUUAGUAAAAAAGAAAAUAAGAAUAUCUCGGCUCCGAGCAUGUCGGAUGAUCAAAUAUGUCGGACACUUGGGCUACGCCCCCAUUUUCUUCUUCAUUAUCACUUCGACGAAAGUCGAUGGUUUGCCGUGUUCAUAAAUAAUAGUCCAUUUCGCUUCCUUCAUCUUCAGUUCCUUUUUUCUACUCUCUCUUAUCCCUUUCCAUUCUCAGUCCAUUCGCUAAACCCUUUAUUUUCCCUUUCUUUUUUUUGAACGAAAAUAAUGCAAACAAAAUACGUAUAUAGGUACUGCAAUUAAGUAAUAUGCGAGACAGUUACUUUAUCUAAAUUAAAUAAACAAAUGAUGAAAGGAGAAACAGAAACAUUGGUUCGAUGAACAAUUUGCAGAUGAAAAUCAAGGACCGCCAAUAUGAGCCAUCCUGCUAUAAAUAUCAAGAUUGUAUUGUUUAACUGUUGUUACAUGCAUAAACAGCAAGUAUAAAUACCCGAGCAGAUAAUUUUUAUAACAUGCUAUUUCUUAUCGAGCAAAAAUUGAAUAAUAUUCAAGAUUUGAUAAGCUGCUAGAUAACGCUAUAGCUGACCAUAGAGAUGUUUUCUUAGAUAAUGAGUUAAUUAUGCGCGAACUAUAUUUUGUUACGAUGUACCUGAACAAAAAUUGCAAUCAUUUGAAUAAAAUUCGAAAAUCACGUUUA